GCGGGCGACAGGGGUGAAACGGGACCAGGGCCCGAUCACGGCCGAGAUGGUGCUAUAGAAGAGGAUGCAGAAUCCCGGGGCAGCGGAGACUCCUGGCGGAGACUAGCACGGACUGGUGGCGUCGGCCCUGCAUCCGUGUGCAUGACACCACAUGCACCAGGUCCAGGAAGCGGUGGAUCGUUUUGUGCGUGUGGACGAGGACUCUUUCUGUUCGCCGUUGCUGAAGCAGCACGAUUGAGCACCAGCUUCGACGGAAGGGUCGCUUACAGAUCGGCUUUUGGCCUUGUGACACCACGGCGUAUCGCCAAAAACAAGGAGACCGGCACCACAAGAGAAGACCGGAGAGCUUACCGCCUUGGCCGAGUGUAGACGAAAAAGUAGUGCUAACAGAAGGGGUGG